GCAGCACCUCGCUGCAGCGCACACGCCUUCUGCGCCUUCUCCCUCGGAGCUUUCGCCGUCGGUUGGGCACCUUCCUGGUCGCCCUCUCCAGACCGGAGAGGCGACCUGAAGAGUUCCUGCUCGUCUCUUUGGGGCGUCAUGCCAAACGACGACGCAUUCAGCAAGCCUUCGGCCCCGUCGGAGGCCCAGCACGCCCCCGGGGCACCGCCGCAGGGCAAGGCCGGGGGCUUCGGUAAAACAGCCGGGGCGCUGCUGCCGACCUCCGGCGGCACAGGGGCCGGGGGCAGCGGCGGCGGCGGCGGCUCCGGGGCGUCGGGCAUGGGCGCCGCGAGCAAGAAGUCCCCGCGGCUGCCCAAGUGCGCACGUUGCCGGAACCACGGCUACGCUUCGCCCCUCAAGGGCCACAAGCGCUUCUGCAUGUGGCGGGACUGCCAGUGCAAGAAGUGCAACCUCAUUGCCGAGAGACAGCGUGUGAUGGCCGCGCAGGUGGCUCUGAGAAGGCAGCAAGCCCAGGAAGAAGAAUUGGGGAUCAGCCACCCCAUUCCACUACCCAGUGCGGCUGAGCUGCUAGUCAAGAGAGAGAACAAUGGCAGCAACCCGUGCCUGAUGACUGAGACUAGCGGCUCCACUCAGCCCCCUCCGGCCAGUACUCCUACCACUGCUGCUUCAGAGGGACGCAUGGUCAUCCAGGAUAUUCCUGCUGUCACCAGCAGAGGGCACAUGGAGAACACACCUGAUCUGGUUUCAGACUCCACCUACUACAGCAGCUUUUACCAGCCAUCUCUGUUCCCUUACUACAACAAUCUGUACAACUACCCGCAGUACUCCAUGGCCUUGGCUGCUGAUUCUUCUUCUGGGGAUGUGGGAAACCCUCUCGGGGGGUCCCCUGUGAAGAACAGUCUUCGGAGCCUCCCAACUCCUUAUGUGCCUGGUCAGACAGGAAACCAGUGGCAGAUGAAAAACUCAGAGAACCGGCAUGCAGUGAGUUCGCAGUACAGAAUGCAUUCUUACUACCCGCCGCCCUCCUACCUGGGCCAGAGCGUGUCCCAGAUCUUCACUUUUGAGGACGGGCCCUCCUACGCAGAAGCCAAAGCUAGUGUAUUCUCGCCACCCAGCAGUCAAGAUUCUGGCUUGGUCUCCCUGUCCAGCAGCUCUCCCAUUAGUAACGAGAGCACGAAGGGAGUGCUUGAAUGUGAGUCUGCGUCGGAGCCCAGCAGCUUCGCAGUCACUCCCGUCAUCGAGGAGGAUGAGUAA